CUGUCCUCGCAUUCUUCGAGAACCACGGUUUCACCAAAACCCAGAUCUCAACUCUCGUCGGGAAGCUCCCUCCGGUGAUCGUAUGUGAUCCGGAGAAAACCCUUUUGCCCAAACUCGAGUUUUUCAAAUCUAAAGGCGUUUCGAGCACUGAUGUUGCCAAAAUACUAUCUUCAUCGCCAACUGUUCUGAAAAGAAGCUUGGAAAACCAUGUCAUCCCAUCUUUCAAUUUCUUAAAAAAAAUUAUGGGAUCUGAAGAGGCGACCAUAUCUGCUAUUAAACGCUUUGGCAGGCUUCUUUUGCUUGAUCUUCGAGUUUGCGUGGCACCCAACAUUGAAUUUCUGCGAGAAGCCGGCGUGCCAAAUGAGAAUAUUAUGGUCUUGUUGAAGUACCAACCUAGAGUAUUCAUGACAAACAGCGCUAGGUUUAGAGAGGUUGUGAAGGAGGUGAAGGAAAUGGGCUUUAAUCCUCUUAGGACGAAAUUUGUGAUAGCAGUUCAUGCUUUUAGGGCAAUGAGAAAAUUGACGUGGGAGAAGAAGGUUGAGGUUUAUAAGAAAUGGGGUUUGUCUGAGGAUGAUAUUCUUGUUGCUUUUGGGAAGUAUCCGUGGUGUAUGAUAGCGUCCGAGCACAAGAUCUUGGGGGUGAUGGAUUUUUUUGUCAAUAGAAUGGGUUUGGAGUCCUCAUUUUUUGUAAGAAGGCCAGUACUUGUUUCGCUGAGCUUAGAGAAGAGAAUUGUUCCAAGGUGUGAAGUUUAUAAAGUAUUGUUGUCAAAAGGUUUGAUUAAAGACCAGGAUAUUAGCUUGAUGAGAAUGCUAGUCUCUCCCGAAAACUGGUUCCUAAAUAGGGUUGUGUACCGUCACAAAGAAGAAGCUCCUAAGCUAUUGAAAUUGUACAAGGAAAAGUUGGCUCUUGCACAAUAAUUAGGAUAUAGGUAGGAUGUCUUCUUUUGAAACCGACUCAACAUACAGUUGGAAUGUUCUUUUGUUUCUCCCAGUUGUACUCUGGUUAUUGAAUUAUCUCAUUUUGAAUACAAUGUGGCAAUCAAUUAAAAUUAGUUAUCUGUAAGCAAGUUUGUUUCUCUGUUUUGAUUCUGAUCAAUGAAAUUUUAAGUUCCACAUUGCCGCA